AUGACGUCGUACUUCAUGCCAUCGUUCUUCCAGAAGCGGCUCCUCAAAUACGCCCUAUCCCGCCUGGGCCUGGUCGACACAGAGGCCUUGGAUCCGGAUAACCUAGGCGUCCGUUGGGGACAACGUUCUACAGUCGAGUUGAAGGACAUUGGUCUCAAAUUAGAGAAAUUAUCGACUUUGCUUAAUCUUCCUUCGUCAUGUGAGCUUCUUAGCGCCCGAGUUCAGCUUCUUCGAAUCACUUUUCCUGCCGAUUUUCACAACAGCGGCAUCCUGUGCGAGGCAAACGGUAUUGACGUACACAUUCGGUUAAUGUCAGACGAGGCGAAAAAAGGAAAGCAUGCGAAAAACAAGGACAAAAAUUACCACUAUUCAGCGGUGCCCACACCGUCUGGUCUUGCCGAGUCAUUCCUUGAGUCCGAACCAAAGGAGGAAAGGGAAGAACUGCAAGCCGCAAUAUUGUCACAGUCACAGGUCCUGGAAUACGACCCGUUGGCCUGGUCUACCGAUGAUGAUACCGAUCUCGGCAUUGGGAGUGAGACUCUAUCACUGCCGAGCUUUGUGGCUGGAUUUUUGAAAGGCGUUGUAGAUAGACUUCAAGUCAAGAUUAAAGAUGCAGUUGUGCGAGUGGACAUGGAGUUGAAGCAAGAUGGAAUGCCAAAACGGCAACCGGAACAUAAGCCGGACCUUGUCGCUGGACUACUGAGCGUCGGGGAAAUCGAUGUGUACGGAGUAUCCGAGAAAACUAUCGGCCCGGAGGAGGGUCUCCCUCUCCGAAAAGACAAGCGCCUCAUCUCUAUCGCCGAUCUCAAUAUUGGUUUGGUUUCGGACCCAUCGGUGUUUUCAAACUACUCUAGGUUUGCUGCCCCUGCAUCUCCGUCAACUAUGCGGUCAAAAGGAAGCCAGCCGUCAAGCAGAGCGUCAUCGCCCUCUGCAUCGGAUCGCUCCCAGGAAGAACCUCUUGCGAUGACCCAAUCAACUAUUUUCCAGCUGCCGCAAGCUUUUGGCCAUUCAAGUACCACGACAGGUAGUUUGGAAGCUUCUGAAAUUUCCCAUGGUCGAUUUUCAGACGCCGAGUCUGAGUCAGGUAGUUGCAGGGAUGGAUACAUGGAGGAUUCUCAAAUGUUUGGAGAUCACCCCUUUCAAGACAACCCGGGCUACCUGGAAUCGGUUAUUGACGAACAAUUUGAUGAUUUUGAUGAUGAGCUGUCACCGGUUAUACAUCCCCAAGAAGACCGACAGACCGGGAGUGAAUGGAGAAGCCACUUUUCUUAUGGCCCGCAAAGCCUGUAUCAGAGCCAAGAGGUCGAAUGCUCUGACGAACCCUUAAUUCCCUCUGACAACUAUCAUACGUCCCAAACUUACGACACAAAUCACAGCUCAAUCGGCCCUGAAAUUAACGAAGUCACGCCACCCACACAGAGUUUCAAUGAUUGCAACGAAAUUGAACUUGGCGAAAGAUCACAAUUGAGUUUAUCACCCCGUCAUUUAAAUACAUCUACUCCACGCCCAGGGCCUGACAGCACGGGUUCACGAGAAGAACCCCAAAAUACCGAUCUCAACGAGUCGAAGCUUUUCUCCCACGAUGAGGCGCAAAGUCUUUACAUGAGUGCUAUCAGCCAGAAUCCGAGUGAGAGCUUCAUGCCACAUAUUCCAGGCGCAUGGGGCUCGUUUGGCGGUGCCUUCUCAAACUCCCAGAGUGCCUUUGAUGACUUCGCACCUAUGGAGCCAGCACAGUCCGCACAAGUUCAAAAUGAAACGAGUUCAAAAUACACAGCCCCAUCAGAGGACAACAUCACUGAGCAGCAGGGUUCUGAGGAUCAAGUCCCAUCUCAAAAAUUGCACAAUGAAAGACCCUCAACCCCAUCAUGUAAUGGGUUGCACCGAAGUAAUGAAUUGAAAAAAUCGGUACUGUCUGUUGACAGGAUUUUGCUAUGGCUCUCGCCUCCUGAUUCCGAAGUAGGAUCAACCGAACAGUCACCUGUGCCACAAAAAGAGAAUGCAGCCAGUGACCUGAAUGAAUCCAUGGCUAGCCUUGGGGACUAUGCACCCGAAGAAAGUCUUUUUGCCUCCAGAGCUUACAAAUCUACAAGGUUCGGAAGAGACUUCCUUGAGGCACGGCCUCAACCAAGUGCUGAGACUGAGCUACCUGAAAUCGCCGUUGAAGUUUUCUCUGUCUCUGUGCAUUUCGAUUUUGCAAUUGGUUGGCUUUUAAUCAAGAUCGGACAAAAGUUGGCCCACGCUCUUGGUAUGGCUGAAACAGGUCCGUCUGAGAAGCAAUCACGAAAGGACCUGUCCACGCGCACACCACCUGUUCAUCUUGCCGUCCAUACUUUUUCAAUAAAAUUCAUCGAACGUGUUUCCGGGCAUGUAUAUUCGUCCGACACUAAUUGUUCGCCUUUGUCUUCCCCCUACAGCAUGGAAAAUGUGAUUCUUCGUCUUACUAUCUCUGGUUUGGAUGCUCACCUUUCAGCUCAAAGUACAACUACCAAGAUGAAUCUUGGUGUGUCCAAGUUUGCAUUCGGGUUGGUAUCAGAGGAUAUCAUAUUCUUUGAUGAAAGAUUGAAGAUGCGCGAAUCCACGCGUGAUGUUUUAUCGCCUUCGCAAGGAGAUAUUUGUAUUUCUUUGGCCAAGUCCGCUGAUCUGGCCAAGGUUGACAUCUCCACGCUGCCUCUUCACAUUAACAUCAACAUACAGCGCCUGGAAGAGGUCCUAGGCUGGAUGGGAGGCCUAAGCACCAUUCUCGAACUUGGAAGUUCAAUGUCAUCCGUGUCAACAGUCAAAGGCGGUCCUCCUCUUCCCGUACAGCGCCCCCGUGGUGUCCAUUUUGAGACACCUGUCCCAGCUGUUGCCGCGACCAAGGGCACUUCAGCCAUAUGGAAAGUCAAUGCCAGGCUAGGUGCCAUCCUGCUAGAUGUUACUGGAGAAACCCAUUCUCUUCAACUUACCACGACCGCCGUCAAAAUUGUCAGUAGGUCAGAAGGGAUUGGCAUUCAAAUAGACAAGGCCAAAAUGAUUGGGCCACUUUCGAUGGAUGACGCUUUAUCUGAUCCCCCCGCAAAAAAUACCUUGAACAACAUCCGCCUUGAAUUCCUUUUUGCCCCGAAAGAGGUCGAUCUUGAUCGUCUUUUGACAUUGAUUACCCCAUCCCAGGACAAAUUUGGAGUGGAAGAUGAUAUCAUGCUAGACACACUGUUGCGCCAGCGACGACAAGGAUCUGUUCUGCGUGUGACAGUGGGGCGCAUGGAAACAUCCAUUUCGGAAAUCAAUGGAUUAGAGCCUCUCUCGUCUCUUGCUGUUGAGCUGACUCGGCUUUCCAACGUCACCAAGUAUUUGCCAGAAGAUGACCGCCCUGGCAUUCUUACUUUGAUGCUGGUUCGUGACUUCCAAGGACACGUCCAAGUUGGCGGAGAAGUUGGGGAUAUUGAAGGUCAACUUACUGAUGUUGAAUUUGCACACAUCACCAUGCCUUCCCUCACUGCGGCCCAAAUCGGAACAAUGACCGUCAGUUGGAAUGAUGGCGAAGAGCUGGUGGGGCAUGCCCUUUGGCCGCCGAACAAAUUUCAUGAUCCAGAGCGGUCCUGUCCUCCAGUCUUCAUGGCUCGUUUUAUACCCGAUGAGAUGGAUCCUACCUACAAAAUCAAACUACACAACCUUCUUCUUGAGUAUACGGUACCAUCAGUGGUGGCCUUCCUUGGACUGGGUGACGACAAGAUAAGCGGAGAUUUGGCCAGCAGUAUGGUCAACUCUAUCGCCAAUCUUGCGGAGCACUCUAUGCCAUCACCUUUGAUUGCAGGGCGACCGACGUCGAAUGAAUCCAGCUCUUCGACAAAACCGGUCAAACUGGCAAUUGUGUUCAGAGAUUGUGUCCUUGGCCUGAACCCUCGCAAUUCUCCAGCAAAAGGUCUUGCAGUCCUCACUAAUGCCAAGUUCGAAGGAAGUAUCCACGGAGAGGAAGCUGCGGAAGCAUGGUUGGAUGUUAGGAAAGCCUCGCUUAUGAUCAUCGACGACGUGUACCAUGAGGGCGCUGACAACCUGCACCAACGGGGCUCGGUCGUUCCACAAGACACACAGGCGCAAGCGUAUAUUGAUAAAGGCUACGUUCCUGUUUCUUCCAUCUCAUCGGCGACUGCUGGCGUCAAGCUUACCAGCGCCAUUGAUGGGACAAAAUCAUUGGACGUCGAGUUGAGAGAUGAUCUGUUGAUCCUCGAGACCUGCGCGGAUUCAACUCAGACGCUCAUUAGCAUUAUGAAUGGGCUUCAGCCACCAGCUCCACCAAAUGUCAAUAUCAAAUAUCGAACAGAGGUUAUGCCCAUCCAAGACAUGAUUGCCUCUUUCACCGGGGACGCAUUUGCUGCUGCUGAUCAUCCCGUUCCCAGUGAUAACGAUCUGGCCACUAUCUCUGGAGGAUUAUCCAGGGAAGGCCAGCUGACCGAUGAACUCGAAUACGUCAGCGAUUUCUAUCCCCUGAAGGGCGGCCCUGGUGGUAUGGGUAUUGAAGAAUUGAAAGCGGGCUCCAACGAUCUGCUGGACAGCUUUCAUUCUCAAUACCAAGUUUCUUCCAGCCUGACAGAAUUGGACUUCCAGGAGGACCAUUUCGCAAAGAAGUCAGCUGUGGGUGGAACCGCUCAUCGGUGGGACUCUACCCAGAACACUUACGGAGUCACCGAUGACACGAAGCUCGAGCGUAGUCCUUUGCGUGUGCGUGUGCGAGACGUGCAUUUCAUCUGGAAUCUCUUUGAUGGAUAUGACUGGCAGCGCACUCGUGACGCAAUAUCCAAAGCUGUCAAGGAUGUGGAAACCAAGGCCACAGAACGCCGUUCAAGGGGCUCACGCAUUUCACCUUCGGCAGAAGAUGAAGAGGAGUCUGUCAUUGGCGAUUUUCUCUUCAAUUCCAUUUACAUCGGUAUUCCAGCCAACAAGGAUCCACGGGAACUCCACCGUGAAAUCAACCAUGAUAUCGAUGAUUUUGCCAGCGAGACCGGCAGCUACGCAACUACCAUUACUGUGACUGGGGCUGGAACUCGCCAGGGCCGGCCAACAUCUAAGAGGGAGAAGAAAUUACGCUUGCAUCGGAGCAAACAUCACAAAAUGACGUUUGAGUUGAAGGGUGUCUCUGCCGAUCUGAUUAUCUUCCCACCGGGCACAGAAGAGACCCAGAGCUCGUUGGAUGUGCGGGUCCAGGAUCUAGAAAUCUAUGAUCAUGUUCCGACAUCCACAUGGAAGAAGUUCGCAACAUACAUGCGUGAGGCUGGAGAAAAGGAGAGCGGGACGAGCAUGGUUCAUCUUGAAAUUCUGACUGUAAAGCCUGUGCCUGACUUGGCUGCUUCUGAGAUAAUUCUAAAGGCCACUGUUCUGCCUCUCCGGUUGCAUGUUGACCAAGAUGCUCUUGACUUCAUGAGUCGGUUCUUCGAGUUUAGAGACGAGACCGCCGAACGAUCUGAUACCCCGGGCGAUGUUCCAUUCUUGCAGCGAGUAGAAAUAAACGCCGUGCAGGUCAAAUUAGACUUUAAGCCUAAGCGGGUCGACUACGCAGGACUCCGGUCCGGCCGCACAACCGAGUUCAUGAACUUUUUCGUACUGGAUGGCGCUGACAUGGUGCUACGACAUGUGAUCAUCUACGGAGUAUCCGGCUUCGACCGAAUGGGCCAAACUCUCAACGACAUCUGGAUGCCAGAUGUGAAACAGAACCAACUACCCGGUGUGCUCGCCGGUCUCGCACCGAUUCGCUCCCUAGUCAACGUCGGCAGCGGCGUGCGCGACCUGGUCGUCAUUCCAAUGCGUGAAUACAAAAAGGACGGCCGAAUCGUGCGCAGCAUUCAAAAGGGCGCUCUAGCCUUCGCCAAGACCACGUCCAACGAGCUGGUCAAACUCGGCGCAAAACUUGCAAUCGGCACACAGACCGUCCUCCAAGGUGCGGAGGACAUGCUGACUACCCCCAGCGCACCAGCGUUCGACGACGAUUGCCUCGACGAAGACGAAGAUGAAGCCAAGAAUAUCUCACUGUACGCUGACCAGCCGGUUGGAGUAGUACAGGGACUGCGUGGGGCAUUUAGUGGUCUCGAACGCGAUCUGCUCUUAGCUCGGGACGCGAUCGUGGCCGUACCCGGGGAGGUGGUCGAUAGUGGGAGCGCAAAGGCAGCCGCAAAAGCAGUCUGGAAGCGCGCGCCCACGAUUAUUCUCCGACCCGCUAUCGGGGUAUCCAAGGCCGUGGGACAGACUCUGCUUGGUGCGGGGAACACGCUUGACCCGAGCAAUCGGCGCAAGAUGGAAGAUAAGUACAAACGGUACUGA